AUUUAUCCAAUGACUGUAUCCGACUCUACAGGCUGCAUCGAUCUAAGAUGAGGGAAAUCUUUCCAAAAGUGUUGUGUGUGCAGCUUUUCGUCAUUUUAGAGUGCGUAAUGUUACCUAAUAGCGUCAAAAAAUGUCAUUUUGGAGAUACAGAAUGCAUUAAGGACUCGGCAAAUGAGCUCAUACGACACUUUCCGAAAGGUAUACCCGCCGUGGGACUAAAACCGCUCGACGUUGUUCACGUAAAAGAUACUGUACUUGUAAAUGACUCGCAGGUUGGAGUUGCAUGGUAUUACUUUCAGUUAGUAAACCAAAUUAAUUAUGGUUUCGAGAAUACAACAAUAACAGAAAUUAGUGGAUUCGAUGAAGAUCCAACAUCCUCAAAGAUCGCCAUUAAAGGAGUAAUACCCAGGGUUAUAUAUAAGGGUAACUAUUAUGCCAAAGGACGUAUGCUCUGGCUGAUUGAUAUUAAUGCGUCUGGUGAAUCUGAAUCGGAAUUUUUAAACUUCUUUUUCGAAUUCACUUUAAAAGUGCAAACGGAAUAUCGUAAUAAUAAACGAUACCUCAAAAUAUAUCAACUGGUACCCAACAUUGGUCUGGAUCGCUGGAUUAUGUGGUUGGAUAACUUUUUUCCGGAAAAUACGGAUCUUACAAUUGCUAUUAAUCAAUUAUUUAAUGCGAACUGGGUUGAGUUCUGGAAUGAACUAGAAAAGCCCAUAAUGGAAGUAUUUACAGGUGUGUUUCUGGGUUUAAUCAAUGACACAUUACAAACUGUGGCAUAUGAUGAUAUGUUCCUUUCUGAUAAGGAUAUCAAAUAACUACAUAUACUCAUAACCAUACUAUAUAUUACUCAUAACCAAAAGACGAGUGUUGUUUAUUUUAAAUCGACUUCAAAUCUGUAUAUAAUAGAUUUGAAGUCGCUUAAUCAUCUCAAAUUAGUAUUACGAAUUAAGAUUUAUAUAUGAUAUAAA